AUGCAUUCUAGGCGAUCGCCGCGGCGGGGGGGGCGCUCCACGGAGGCGACGCUCAUGACGCAGUUCAUGCGGUACCUCCCGCUGCUCUUGGGGCUAGUGACGCACCUGCCGGGGUUCCUUGCCGGCCUCGCCCUCGUCUGCCUCUACUUCGCCAUCGUUGGACGAGACGCACUCAAGCAUGAGUACGCGCCGGUGGCCGGCUUUCACGUUGCGGCGCUGCUGCUGCUGCGGGAGCUCGUCAAGCCGUGGCGGGAGGGAAAGGCGCAGGCCGCCGCCGUGCGGCAGCGGCUUGCGUCGCAGCGCACCCUCGCCGACGAGGUGCAGCUGCAGUGGCGUGCGACGCUGGACUGA